AUGAUAGAGAAGAUGAAGUUUCCUGUGAUGGAUCAAGUGCCACCCAUUGAAGCAAUGGUCCACACAGGUUCCUACCACAUGUUAAUUGCUUACUGUGGUGACAUGCGCCUGCGGCUCUUCGGAGAUCACCAUCAAGCAUUCAUAUCUCUGGGCACAGUGCCCUGUUGUUUCUCCAUCAGCUGCCUCUGCUAUGACUCAGAAGCUGAGAUACUGCUCUCUGGUACCUUGGGGGCUGUGGUUACCUGGCUUAUCUUACCAAACGGCAGGGGCCUCCAGAUGGCACAAACAGUGCUCAUGUCUGAUCAUGAGUUUGUACAGGGCUUUUCCCUGAAUGGCCCCCAGGGCUCCCUCCUGGCUCUCUGUGAGAAUAAGGUGAGGGUCUUCACCCACCAGGGGCAGGGCCAGCUGAAAGAGGUAAAAAAGUUCACUCCCACAGCCAGUGGCUCUUCUAUCACCUGCUCCUUCACUUGUGUCUCUCAGGGCUAUUUCUAUGCUGGAAAUGAGGAUGGAGAGAUCCAUGCUUGGGGUCUAGACCAGGGUAACUUCCUCCACAGCUUCCAAGCCCAUUCCUUAUCAGUGAUAUGUGUUUACAGCCGGCCAGAGACCUACACCUUACUAACAGCAGGCCGAGAAGGCGUUAUAAGGGAAUGGAAUCUUGCCUUUGGGAACUUACUGCGGCAGCUGGAUAUUGAUGAGGAUUUGCAGCAACUGCAGUUUAUUGAUAACACCACGUUUUUCUGCCAGACUACCCACACUUUCUCAUUGCACCACCUACCAUAUUUUUAUAGCCUCUUCAAUGUCUGUGGUUCUGCUCCUGAGCAGGUGCAGCGGGUCUGCUGUGGCCGUAAUUGGACUCGGAUCCUGUGUGCUACUAAGGAUGGUUUAUUGCGCUUCUUGUCUCCAGUAACAGGAGAUCUCCUGGUUAUCACCUGGCCUCUACUUGUCAUGGAUAAGGCCGUGGCUUGGGCCUAUGACUCAGACAAAGAAGAGCUCUUUGUGGCAACAGGCAGUUCAGAGGUGCUGGUGUUUGAUGCAACACGCUCUCCUUGCACGGCCAAGUAUCUGGUAUGCACUUCAGUAAACUCUAGGGAUAGAGUAAGGUGCCUGGCCUAUGGGCAGUCCCAUUUGGGCAUGGGCCUAGUAGGAUUGAUGUUCUGUGGGCAUGACAGUGGCGUUGUGAGAGUCCUCUCCCACUACAGCUGUGCUCGAAUAGAAAAGACUGUUCACUCUGGGGCAGUUUUGGCACUGUCUACCCUAGAAGGUCCUCAGGAAAUCUCCUUACUCUGUUCCUAUGGCAUGGAUAAUACUAUACACCUGACAGAAGCUGUGCUUCAGAAAAACAAGGUAAUCCUGCAGCCCGUAAGCAAAAUUCUCUGUGCUUGCCCCCUAACACACGUGAUCCUCUUGCCAGGUUCUGUGGGUGCCAUCACUGAGAACCACUGCUGGCGUCUCUGGCACUACCAAGAUUUUCUGAAAUCUUCAGAAUCAAAACAAAGGUCUGUUAGAGACAAAGAGACAAAAUGCCUGCACCAGUGUCACAUCACUUCAUUUGAUGUCUGCUCUUCCCUGAAACUUUUUGUCACAGGGGGCACUGAUGGCUCAGUCCGGAUCUGGGAUUUCCAUGGUAGACUCAUAACUGAGUUGGACUCAGCAUUGCAUUUCGGCCCACUCUGCUUUGCCAAUAAUCGAGGUGACCUGCUUUUGACUUUCAACCAGAGUCUUUACCUGGUAUCCUGCUUAAAAUUGCUCCCUCCUGCUCAGCUGAUUCACCUAGCCAUCCUAAGCAGUGCAGAUGAUAUACAAGAAGUCCCUAAACCCUUCCUGCCUAGCUUCUUCUUUUCUUUUGAAAGAGUAUUUGUACCCAAAUUUGUCUACCUUGGACAAGGGCUGCAGGAAUUACAGGGACUAGAGGCCCUUGUUAACAAACGGGUCAUUGCCUUUGACAAUACUGUGCCCCAUGUUGUAGAGGAAGAGAGACAUAUGUCCACUCUGAUUCAAGUGGAACCCAAAUCACACUUUUGGGAGGAUAAGGAUAUUGCUUUUGACCCCAAGCAUAAUCGUCCCCAACACUUGGCUCCUGCUCAGUUACAUCUUGCUGGGUGGGAUGGAUUGAACCCCUACCAUGUAUUAUGUUGCUUCUUUGGUAAAGGGCGGCAAUGGCCCUUUGCUCCUGAUGGCUACAUCCCCAACUCAGUUAUCCGUGCCCGCCUUUGGCCUGAUGGUACCCCAAUCUUCUUACGCUAUGAUCUGUACCAAGAUAAAGACUGGGACAUGACCAAACUCGUCAGAUGCCAGACACUGUCACCUAUGCCUCUACUAGAAGAGAACAUCUCAAUGAGAAGAGAGAGGGAUAAAUCCAAGAAGUGGAAACGAACUUUCUAUGAUGUUCUAGUAAGCAUAAUGAACCAAAAUUGGACAGGAAGAAAAUUUGAUGAGGGAAUUAUAAAUAAUUUAAUCGAGGCCAUCCUCAACCUCACAAUUUACUGCUCUAUAGACCAAUACAAGACAUACAUUAGUGUCCUGGCACAAAUUUUUGCCACUUAUCAAGUAUCUCCAAGAUUGUGCUCUGAGGCUGCCUGUCGCCUGAUGGAAGAUACAGUUCAUCCCAAUGCAUGCAUCCGUGAGCUAGCCUGGGAGGGGUUGGAGAGGCUAGGUGUCCUGAGCCAUCUCUUUGCUGUUCCACUGGCUAUGGGAUUGAUGGACAGUGAUGAAAAUGUGAGGGCUAAGGCCUUAUACCUUAUGUUAACAGUCACAGGCAUCCAAACUAAGACUAUGCUGGCAGGCCUGCUGAAGAAACGAGACACGUUCCAAGAAAUGCAGCGGGAAUUUAUUGGAGAAACCUCUCUGGACCAGCUGCUGGGGAUCCAAGCUAAAGAUAUCCAGUGCCUGCUUACUCAGGUGGAGCAGCAGCUAAAUGAAAACCUGACUUUGUCAUAUAGAGACCAACAACCUACUUUUUAUUUAGACAUAUCAAUGGCUGGUAAACCUGAGACCCUUGUCAAACAAAUGGUCAUACCUGAAGAGAUCACCAAACCAAAGAAAAGAAAGACGUAUGUUCAAGCAAAAAGAAGAGAGCUUAUUAAAAAGGACCUGAGAAUUUCCAGAAAGCCAAGACAGACAGAGUUUGUAAAAUUUAGCUCUAUGUUGGUGCCUUCAAAGGAUGAAGAUGAACAAAGAGAGGCCAGGCAAUCAGAGCAGAUUGACACCAGGGAUGUUACCUUAGAGCCUAAACUGCAAUUAAGUACUUUCAGCCCAGCCAAAUCUCAAGAGGAUGCUGAAUCAGAGGAGGUUGUGACGGAAGCCACAGAAGGAAGAGGCCACAUGGAGGUGACAGAGGUUAUGAAGGCCACAGAUCAACGUGGCAUGAAAGAUUAUGGAGAGGUGUUCCCUCAGGUGGAAAUACACGAAGUAGAAGGAGGAGGCCACAUGGAGGUGACAGAGGUUAUGAAGGCCACAGAUCAACGUGGCAUGAAAGAUUAUGGAGAGGUGUUCCCUCAGGUGGAAAUACACGAAGUAGAAGGAGGAGGCCACAUGGAGGUGACAGAGGUUAUGAAGGCCAUAGAUCAAUGUGGCAUGAAAGAUUAUGGAGAGGUGUUCCCUCAGGUGGAAAGACAAGAACUCAGGAGUAGGCGCUGGAAAAGGGCACUGGAAAAAAGCCGUGAAAAAGUAGCUGCAAAGUUGAAAGAGGAAAAAGACUUGAAGGAUAUUUCAAAGACAACUGCAGAAGAGCCCAAGAAAAAAGUCAUGCAGAUUACUGAGCAAGAAAAAUAUACAAGGAAGAAACAUGGGAGGAGUGACCGAGGUUUGGCUGGUAUGCCUGGACGCGUGGGUAGAUCAGAUACCAGGUCUUGGCGGGAUGACAUUUGCUAUCUUGUUACCUCACGGAUAGCAAAUUCCCAUCCAGGAAUGUUAAGAGAUCUGGGUCAAGAAUUGGUGGACUUGGCUCAGGUGGUGCUUAGUCCCCAAGAGCCCAGCUGGGAACUCUUCCAAGAGAUCUGCCCGCUUCUAAAGGACUCAUCAGAAUUGGAUGAACAGGUGGUAGAAGAACCAACCAUUAUAACUGAAAAGGCGGAUAUAGAGGUUGUUGAGGAAGAAGGGACAGAAUUGAGAGGACAAAGGGACAAAAAAGCAUUAAAAAAGGACAAGGCAUUUUCUCAAAUGAAGAAAAAGAAAGUUGCUUUCUUAGAUAAACUAGCCUUAGAGAAAGGGAGAUUUAAAAAAGAAGCAAGGAAACUGGCCAAGCGAGAAGGGAAAACAGCUGAGGAAGAAAGGAAACUGAAGGAGGAACUGGGUGAGAAAGAAGAGGAGCUGGGUGAGGAAGAGGAGCUGGAUGAGAAAGAGGAGCAGCUGAGAGUGGAAGAGGAGGAGCCAGUUGAGGAAAAGGAGCCAGGUGUGGAAGAGGAGAAACUGGCCUGGGAUGCAGAGGAACUAAUCCUGCACUUAAAGAAACAAGUUGAAGGCAGGAAGAAAAAGUCCCACAAAAAGAAGAAACACAUCCAGGGUAUAGAGAAACAUGCUGAAGAAGAGAUCCAGGAAAGGGGGAAAUUGGCCCAGGAAGAGGAACAUUUGUCUAGUGAAGAGGAAGGACUAUCUGUGGAAGAAGGAAAACAGGCAUCAGAAAGGGGCAGCUUGAAAACGUCCCAGGAGAAACAGGAAAAAGCACUGACGAAAAGACUGACCCAGAAAGACAGUAAACUGGCCAAGGAAGACAGGCGUAUUGAUAAGAAAGAAAAGGCAAUAGCCAGGAAGGGAACUGGCAUAACUAAGACAAAGAAAAAAACUGAGGAAGAGAAAGAAAUUAUGAAAGAAGAGGAACUGUCCCAGGAAGAGAGGGAACUGGCCUAUGACAUUAGGACCAAGGAGAUGGGUGUUGCCAAGAAAAAAAGGAAACGAACCAAAGAAGAGAGAAUACAGGCAGUGAGGAAACUGGAUAUGGAGAAAGGGAUUCGUUCUGAAGAAAAAGAGGCUAGUUCCAGGUUAAAAGAUAUAAGGAAGAGAGAGAGUUACCUGUUGAGGAUCCUAUCUAAAAUAGUUAGAGAAAGGAGUAUAGUACCACUGGAAGAAAUAGAAAUAUCUGAGGAAGAGAGAUCAUGUAUGAUGGAGAAGAGUGGAAUGGAUGGCCAGAGGUGGGAAUUUUUUAAGGAAGAGAGAGAAAUAAUGAAACAAGAGAAGGAGCUGGAUCAGGAAGAGAGAAAAGUAGAAGAUGACAGACUGGCCACCAAAGAGAAAACACUGACUGAUGGAGAGAGCUUGGAGGAGAACCAAAGGUUAUUAGAGAAAGUCCAGGGAAAGAUACUAUUAGAUAAAGUCCAGGAGAGUGUAAAUGAGGAGGAAGAGGAGAGCCUGAGUGAGGAGAAGGAGGAGAGCCUGAGAGAGGAAGAGGAGGAGAGCCUGAGUGAGGGGGAGGAAGAGAGUGUAAAUGAGGAGGAAGAGGAGAGCCUGAGUGAGGAGAAAGAAAGAUUGCUUGAUGGAAAGAGAGAUCCCACACUUAUGGAUAAGGUCAUGUGGCCAACAGUUCUGAAGAGCCCUUUCAAAAUACCACUCCCAGUAGCCUUGGAAAAAGAGAGAACGCCCCUAGAAGUGUUGAGGGUUCAUCUGGAUUUGGAAGGACAGGAAAGUCAACUUCUUGGAGCACACCCUAUGACAAGUUCUUGGGGAAGACAAGAGGAUGUGCUCUUGGAGAAAGCCAGGGGUUUGAGAAUAGGCUUAGAGACCCAGAUCCCAGAAGGCCUCCACAGGCCAGAGUCCCACUUAUCAGAUAUUAUCAUGAAAUCACAGAAACCUGAACGUUGGCCCAAAGGUGACAGGUGGAAGUGGUUCUUUAAGUACCAGGAUUCCCCAGUGAGGAAAACUGAAGGCCAGGCUCCAGGGCCAGCCCCAGCCCCAGCCCUAUCCCUUACUUCUAUACCAGCUGAAAGGCCAUGCUACUCAGAAGCAAGCUUCUCAGAUGAGGACUGGAUUAACAGUGCCUUAAUAAGGCUGGAAGCAGGAGAGCAGCUUUCCAGGGACAGUUUCCACAGACUGCACCAGCUCCUCAGAGACUUCACUUCAAAGGGAUACAUGAAAUGGAUGCAUCUGUGCAAUCUUAAAGCCAUUGCUAAACACCUAAGGCAGAACCUCGAGGUAACUCACACAGACAUAUCACAACAGCAUAAGAAUGCUGUGAGUCCAGUGCACUUAAAAGUGAUCCCUCCAAUUAGAAGAAAAGAAAAAGAGAGCCGGCUAGAGCCACUGUCCAUACCUUCACCAGUGUUACCAUCAAUCACCAAGAGGAUUCGAGUCCCAAAGGCUAUAAAUUGGCAUCUUUUAGGAGAAACUUACAGGAGUGCACGGGUACGGCAACUAUCCAAUGCUCUCAAAGAGAUGGAAAUGAAACAUUUCUAUCCUGCUGCAAGAGAGAUUUUCACAGGUGCCCAUGCCUCUGUGGACAAACAAACUCUAGCACUGAUGUUUCAGAAGGAUCUCAGGGCUUUUAAGGGAAAAGACAGGCCCCUCACAUUGCCCAAGUUGAAGAAGGCACAGCCCAUCUCUAAAAAAAAGGAAGAGGUGCCUCAAUGGGAGACAUUUGUGGCACUGUACCAUGUUUUGCAGAUGAUGCAGCAACAAUAUGCAAAAGACAGCACUGCUUGGAUGGAACAGUUUUACCAACUCAUGGAUCUGUACAAAUUUAAGUCCCCCCAAAUCCAGAGGCUUCUACUAGAGUUGCUGCAGAGAGAGGAACUCCAACCCCAAGAGAUCAUGUACAAAAAGGCCCUGAAAACUCAGGAGCUGGUACCUGGUGAACGGUUGUUCUGUGGCUUGUUUUGGGGUCAUUCCCAUGUCCCUGCAAGUCCUCUCAAGUUCCAUAAUAUUGUACCUCUGCCUGGGAAGAGCAGGGUGCAUACCAUCCAACCUGUGGGCAUCGCCCAGUAUGGAUUCCUAGAACUUGCCUGGAAAAACCUACCACAAGUCAAUCCUUACUUUAUUGAGAAGCCGCCCAACAUCCCUACUCCUACUCUAUGA